AUGAAACAAAGAGAAACGCUGGAAAAGAUCCGUUUGGUCCGCCUAUUUUUCUGCUGCCUCAUUUCAAGCUCGCAAUCAUUCAGAGACAACCUUACGAUACUCAGAGGUGCCAUGCUUAAUGUUAACUAUCGAUUUCUACUAGCCACCGUUUUGGCAAUUUUUUUCGUUGUAAUUUAUUAUAAGGAGGUGCAUACCACGCAGAGUAGAAAUAGACUAUCUUCAAAAAUCGAUUUUUCUGGAGAACAAUGGGUCGAGAGGUCGGAAGAAAGUGUCAAUGAACAUUGUAAAUGUGAAUCUUGGAAAAGUGAGAAGCACCAUGAUUUUUGUUAUGUGGAUCCACAGAACUCCAGCUCAAUCGGAAGAAAAUUUGAUUGCAGUUUGGUCCCACUAAUGGAAAGUUUGAAUCUGAUCGGAGAGACCCAAGAAUUGAUAACUUUACCGGAAGUGAUCAAAGAUGAAAACCAACUGGUCUUUGUCUCAGCAACCUCUGCGGAUCACUUCAACGUCAGUGUCAAUUCUUUGAAAUCGAUUCGAAAAUACUACCCAUUUCACAAAUACAUCCUUUACGGACUGGAAUUGAACGAAUCUGACAUUCAACAAAUUCCCAUUGAUUCUAAUUUCGAAUUCCGUCAUUUCAACACCUCGUGCUACCCGAAAUUUGUGAACAACUGGCUUGCGUAUCACUUCAAGCCGCUUAUCAUAGCUGAAGUUAUGAGAGAGCAUUCAGUCAUUUUAUGGAUUGAUGCACAUAUUCAAAUUGUGAAGUCGGGUUUGAUAAGGAACAUAUAUGAGGAUGUAGCUGAAAAACGAUUGCACGGAAGCUACUCUUCAGUUUUCGGAUUUUCAGAGACCUUUCACAGUAACUAUGCGGUUCUGCAUCCAGAUGUGCUCACUUACUUCCCAUCAAACUCCAUUGGUUUGUUGCAAACCCAACAACAAGUCCAAGCUGGCUAUAUUUUUGUUCCAAGAACCACUUAUACCAUGCGAUUCUUCAAGUGGUGGGUACUAUGUGCUCUGACCGAAAGCUGUAUGAGCCCACCAGGCACUCAGAGAAAGUGCAAGUUCACCUCGGAUUCCAAUAAAGUUUACGCAAACUGUUUCAGAUACGACCAGUCCAUAUUAAACUUGCUUCUGUUGAACGACUUCCAAGAUAGGAGUCGCUAUGUUAUUAAAAGCCUUGAGCCGACGUUUAUUGGGGUUCAUUGA